CCCUUGCUAUCUUUUCCUGUUUUUCUCUUUUCUUUUUUCCUUUCUUCCUUCUUUUCCAUCCAUGUCUCUCUUUCUCUCCCUCUCCCCUUCUCUCUGCUCUCCUCCCCAGUUCUUGGGCAUGAUCUCCCCGCUGUUCCGCCCUCAUGUCUCCAGAUAACCCCAUCCAAGAUGCAGACGAGGCAGACAAGGCCAACAAGGCCGGCAAGGCUGGCAAGGCAGAGGAAGCUGGAGCCGCGACCCACGGAACCGUCCAGGUAUCCGAAUCCACAGAACACAAAGGCCCAGACGACGAGCCGGCCCUCGAGGAACUGGCUCCCGUCGUCAGUGGGCCACCUUACUCCGCCUUUGGCAAAUGGAAGAAGAGGUACAUCGUGACCAUGGUGACUUUGGCCGCCUUCAUCUCGCCCACGUCGGCCAACAUCUACUUCCCGGCCCUGAAUCCCCUGCGCGUCGACCUCAAUGUCUCGAGCACCCUCAUCAACCUGACCCUCACCUCCUACAUGAUCUUCCAGGGCUUGGCGCCGACCGUCUUUGGCGACUUGGCGGAUAUGGCGGGGAGGAGGCCCGCCUACAUCCUGGCCUUCAUCAUCUAUCUUGGCGCCAAUAUCGGCCUGGCAUUGCAGAACAGUUAUGCUGCGCUCUUCGUUCUCCGAUGUCUGCAGAGCACGGGGAGCAGCGGCGCCAUUGCCCUGGGCUACGGGGUGGUUGCAGACGUCUCGACAAGUUCGGAACGUGGGAAAUACAUGGGCAUCGUGGGCGCGGGAACUAUGCUGGGGCCGGCGCUGGGGCCCGUCAUCGGUGGUAUCCUCGCGCAGUUCCUGGGGUGGCGCUCUAUCUUCUGGUUCCUCGUCAUCAUCGCGGGGUGUUUCGUGGUCCCCUACGCCCUGACGGUGCCAGAGACCGGCAGGAAUGUCGUUGGUAAUGGUUCCAUCCCGCCCCAGGGCUGGAACAUGACUUUCAUCGAGUGGUAUAAGCUGCGGAAGCAAGAGAAGGCCGGGAACAAUGGCCUCUCGAGAUCGGAGACGGCUGAGGGCCGACGCCUUGCGCAGGAAGAGUUGGCCAAGAGUCGAAAAUUACGAUUUCCGAACCCGCUCAAGACGCUCCGUAUCGUGGUGCAGAAGGACAUGGCCGUAGUAUUGUUCUAUAACGCUCUCAUCUACACCGCAUUCUACGACAUCACCGCCUCGAUGCCCGUCCUCUUCCAAGAAAUCUACCACUUCAACGACCUGCAAAUCGGCAUCUGCUACAUCCCCUUUGGCUGCGGCUGCGCCCUCGCCAGUUUCGUCAACGGCCGCAUGUUGGACCGCAACUACAAGAAAGUCGCUCGCCAAGUCGGCUUCACCAUCGACCGCAAGCGCGGCGACGACCUCCGCUACUUCCCCAUCGAACGCGCCCGUCUCGAGAUCAUCUGGCCGAUCCUCAGCCUCGGGCUCGCCUGCGUGCUCUGCUACGGCUGGGUUCUCGAGAAGAACGCCAACCUGGCCGCGCCGCUCAUCCUGCAAUUCCUCAUCGGCCUCUGCGUCAACGGCUCCUUCAACAUCCUCAGCACGCUGGUCGUCGAUCUCUACCCGCAGAGCCCGUCCACCGCGACCGCCGCCAACAAUCUCGUGCGCUGCUUCAUGGGCGCUGCUGGGACCGGCAUCAUCAAUAUCAUGAUCGACCAUAUGGGUCGUGGCUGGUGCUUCACGUUCAUCGCGCUGGUCUGCAUAGUCGCGAUGCCUCUCCUCUGGGUCGAGUUGAAAUGGGGCCCGAAAUGGCGGGAGGAGCGCAUGGUAAGGAUCGAGAAACAGGCCGAGAAGAAGAAGAGAUUGCGCGAUCAUUCUCACGAUCCCGUGCAGGAAACGAAUGAAAAAUCUUAGAAUAAAAAGAAUAUAUCAAAAUACAAAAAAACAUCUUAAUAUAACAUGAAGAUAGAUUCUUGAUUUUUUUGCGCGUGAGAUGCAUAGACGGACGGACCUUUCGGAAAACACAGAGGCGGCUGG